UCUGCACAAAGCAGCACGGUUCCCCGGCAAAGCCCUGGAGAGGAGGAAGAAUCAACGCUCAGCAUUUGGCUCAUAUUCAGGUGCACACCAAGCAGCGCUCCAGGCAGCUUUGGGUCAGAACAAGGCUAUUCGAACUUGAAACGAAUGAAGGGGACAGUGUGGGUCACUGACUGCGGGCCGGAGGCGGGGCCGGCCACACACACGGAGAGACGCGGAGGCGCAGGAGCCGCGAGUUAGGAAAUGUAACCCUGGCGACCCCCAAAAGCCCCCGCCUCCCCGGCUCCUGCUCUACCUGCUUGCCUAGCGUUCUGAGCUGCCACCGUAGGCAAUGACCAGCCCUGCGCCCUUAGUGGCCUCCAUCAGCCACCAAAUGGUUGCUCUGCAGACCCUGCAGCUGCUGCAGCAGGAGUGGGGCUGGGGGGACGGCCCGGGAGCCCCGGGGAGCCCGCGAGACCUGGACCACGUGCCCGCUGCCGCACCCCCCUGCACUCUGGCGCGCAUGGCGAUGCGCAGCGCGCUGGCCCGCGUGGUGGACUCGACCUCGGAGCUGGUCAGCGUAGAGCAGACGCUGCUGGGGCCCCUCCAACAGGAGCGGUCUUUUCCCAUCCACCUGAAGGACAGUGUUGAGUUUAGAAACAUCUGCAGUCAUUUGGCUCUACAAAUCGAAGGACAGCAGUUUGACAGAGACUUGAAUGCUGCCCAUCAGUGUUUGAAGACAAUAGUUAAGAAGCUGAUUCAGUCACUUGCCAAUCUUCCUUCAGAUGCCCACAUGGUUGCCUGCGCUUCCUUGAGACAGAUCUUACAGAAUCUCCCAGACACAUGAGGGUUAAAAGCAUUGAGAUGUAAUCCACAGCUAGCAUUAAGAGAACUGUAUUCCUUAACUUCCUAAUUGCAUCAGAAGACAAUGGACAUUUUUAUUCCCAACAAGGAGACUUGAUAGCACAUAUAGCAGUCUGUCAGCGGUACUUGUAGCUUCCACAACUAUAGCAUGUUAGUGAAAAAUUUUUAAAGCUGUGAUUCAUAUAUAAGUAUGUUGACUUAUUUGCUUUCUUUUCAAUUGAAAUAUAUUUCAUUUUGUGAAACUGAUUGGAUUACAUGAGUUUAUAUUUAUUAAUGCAUAUUAAGUGUUAGCUUUCACUGAAUGGUACCUUAAAGUCAUAUUAAUGAAUGCGAUAAGGUUUAAUAUAGUUAUUUAUAAUUAAAGCUCCAUGGAUCUUAAAAUUAUCUUGAAUAUAAAAGACAUGUUUUACUUGAUGGCACUUCACUUUUGGUUAUGUGAGUGAGUUUUCGUUGUAGGACCCCAUGAGACAGUACAGUAAUUAUGAAUUUCAAUCCUAGUGUUAAUAACUUAUGAUUGGGAAUGAAGCAUUGCUUCUAAACCUUGUGCUUUCAUAUGCUGAUUUGUAAGCUUAAAAUGAGCUCUGAAGUACCAAGACUACAUGAUAUGUAAAUACAAAGUACAGUGUUAUUAAAAUCUCAUGUGGAACAUCUAGCUUUUCUUAUCUGUUUCUAACCAUUCUGAAUGAAGUGGGACAUUCUUAUGAAAAAAGGAGAGUGGGCAGAUUUCCCUUACCAUUUAGACACUGAGGAUUGGGAAAAGCAAAAGAGGAUUCUUUUUAAUGCAAAAAAAUCUGUAUAUACUUAGAAAAACCUAAGGUUCCUCUUGUUUAAUGACUGUAUGAGAACAAAAUAAGGUGAAGUGCUUGUUCUCUCCUAAAUGUUAAAUAGAAAUAGCCUGUAGAUUAAAAAAAAAGUUGAUAGUGUAUAUGUACAGCUUAUUUUCUGAAAGUAUUAUAAACUGGGUCUAUGUGAUGAGAGUACAUCCCCUGUCUUUAAAAAAAAGUACUAAUAGUAAUCAAAACCUUUAUAAUCCUCCUUAUUGUGAUCCUAGUUGGUUAAAAAUGUUUUCUUCCAGGAUGUGAGAAUGAAAAGUAAAUCUAUAUAAUUGACCAUUUCCACAGAAAAGAAUGUGAGAAACAGGAAACUGAAUUCUGAAGGAAAGAGGGAAGCUUUUUAGUGUAUUAUGUGUGUUGGGAGUAGUUUUGAGGGCCAGUAAGGCAUUUAUUUCUUGGAAAUACUCGGUAAUUAUUUUUUCUCAGUUCUAGUAAACAUUUUAUUUGGGGUAGGCUAUGACUUUAUUUUACGAGGAGGGUUUUCCUCCCGAAAGAAACAUCCUGGUGGUCUCUUUUAAAACUCAUCAUUACAUAUAAGGUGCCUUCCCCAUUGUAAUUAAUAAUUCUGCCAAUAUUAAGGUUUUUAAACUCUUACCCAAUGACAUUGAGCAUUUUGACUUUUCUAUCAUUACUUGUGCUUUUUACUAACUUUGUACCAUGUCUUCCACAUAUGAUUAAAAUCCAACCCAUCCUUCAAGGCUUGAUUUACCUGCCCCCUCAUAUGUAUCCUUCUGGACUAGCCUAAAUGGAAGUGAGCUCUUUGUCAUCUUUCACAGAGCACAUUUUGAGCUACUGCUCUGGUGUUUUUAUAUACCAUCUUUAAAGCACUGCUAUUGGUAUAUCUGUGACCAAGAUCAGUUUGUGAAGGCAAGAAUUUUUCUAGAUCUUUUCAUAUGGUAGCCACUGGCCACACAUGACUCUUAAGAACUGAGAUGUGCUUAAAAUGUAAAAUGCACACUGGCUUUUCAAAAUUUAGUACU